AUGGAAAUGAAGCCAUUCAUGAAUAUUGUAGUCGCAAUGGAUGAAAAAAAUGCAAUUGGAUAUGAAAGAAAAACUCCAUGGGGACCAUUGCCAACUGAUCAUGAGUGGUAUUUGACACACGCAACAACUACAAAAGAUGCAUCAAAACGUGUUGCAGUUAUUCUUGGACGUAUUACAUUUGAAGGUGUAAUUAAAUUCCAUAAAAAAUAUCUUUCAAGAUGGCAUUUUAUUGUUAUUACCAAGCAACCACCAAAAGUAUUUUAUAAUACCUAUUCAGAUUAUAUUAGAAAUCAAAUUGAUGUCGCAAAUUCUUUUGAUCAAGCUGCUCAUAAAGCGAAACUACUACUUGACACACCGAGCGCUAUGAUUGAAUCUGUCUUUGUGUUUGGCGGUGUUAGUCCAUAUGAACAAGCACUAAAAUCAAAACUUGUUCAACGAGUUUAUUUAACAAGAAUUUUUGCAGAAGUUCCUCAAUGUGAUGCUAGAGUAUUGAAUUUUGACUUAAGUGAUUUUCGACGAAUAAAACGAUCGAGUAGUGAAAUUCUUGCGGAACUAGAUGAUAAAAUAGUUGAAGAAAACGGAUGGCAAUAUCAAUUUCAAGUCUAUGAACGAAAUAAUUUAUGA